GGUAACUGGGCAGGUAGGUACUGUCGAUGUCUGCCUUGACUUACCUCCUUCAUCUACCUGCCUUCCCUUCCAUCCUGGCAUGUCAUAACCAUGGUGGUUGGCUUGCAACACACUGCCGGCGCAGCCGCCAACGCCUUUGUAGACGAGUCGAUUGGCUGAGAGAGCUGCAUGCCAGGGCUGCGAAACAGGGUGACGGCGGCAGAUAGAGAAAGGAAGAGCAAGUUAGAGGAAGGAAAAGUGAGAAACAGGA